AUGAAUGGGAAAAAGGAUGAUGAGCUGAUUAUAGAAGGUGAACAUAAUGAUAAAAUGAAAAGCCCAGGCAAAUCUUUAAUCCCUUGUAUUAAAGAAAAAUUCAAUGAAACCAAUUUAAAAAUGAAAAUUGUAAAAAAGGUUACUUUUAUAGAUGAACAUGAAGAUUAUAUAAAAAAUAAAAAAGAAAUAGAAUGUGAAAGUGAAUCCAAUAGUUAUUGUAAGAAAGAAGAUGAGAAUGAUAUAAAAAAAAAAGAAGAUAUAGAUGAAAAAGAAUCUAUAUUGGAACAAUUGAAUGGUAAUAUAUCUAACGAAAAAAAUGGGUAUCAUACUUAUGAAAGUAAAAAUUGUGAUUUUAAUUUUAAAUAUGAUGAUACAGAUAAUAUAAAUAUGUAUGAAGAAAAUAUAGAAAAUGAUAUUCAUUUAAAUAAAAAUAAUUAUUAUCAUUACAAUAAAUAUAUGAAUUUAGAUUAUAAAGAUAAUAUUACAAAUGAAAAGGUGAUAUAUGAAAAAUAUGAUAAAAGGGAAUAUUCAGAGAAUCAUAUACAUCCUUCUACUAUUAUGAAUGGUUUUUCAUCUUUGAAGAACCAAGAAGAAAAUUAUAGUACAUAUGAAAAUAAUAAUAUUAUAGAUAACAUAAAUGAAAAUCUUAAUAUUUCAUAUUAUAACCAAAUGAAUGGCAAUAAUGAUUUAAGUACUAAUAAAGAAAUAAAUGAAUAUAUAAAUGAGAAAGAUGAAGAAAAAAGAAAAGGGAUAUUAAAAAAUGAAUCACCUGAUUUUAACAAAUCAUACAAUGAUAGUUUAAAUAAUUAUUUAUCAUCAUCUUUUGUAGAUAUUUUAAAUACCUUAAAGGAUGUUAAAAAUGAAAAUAAUGAUGGAUCAUAUAUUAAUAGUAAUGGUAGUUAUAUAAAUAAUCCAGAAAAUUCGAAUUCUAAUAAUAAUGAUGAUACUAAUCUAAGAUAUAUUUCAUGCAUACUUUGUGGUGAUAGUAUUAAAGCAAAUACGUCAAAAAUGUGCCAUAAUUGUAUAUUACAAAACAUUGAAAGUAAUAGUAUAAAUAUAAAUAAAGAUACUUAUUUAAUAUAUUAUUGUCGUGAAUGUAAAAGAUAUUUACAUAAUAGAUGGGUAUAUUGUGAACUCGAAAGUAAAGAAUUGCUAGCUUUAUGUUUAAAAAAAGUAAAUAAAUUGAAAAAAUUAAAAAUAUUAGAUGCCAAGUUUUUAUAUACUGAACCUCAUAGUAAAAGAUUAAAAGUACAUGUAAGUGUACAAGAAGAACUAAUUAAUAAUUUUAUUAGUGAAAUGGAAAUAAUUAUACAUUAUGUUAUUAAAUAUACACAAUGUGAUGAUUGUAAAAAAAAAUAUACACCCUACACUUAUAAUACAUGUGUUUCUGUUAGACAAAAAGUAGAACAUAAAAAGACCUUACUUUUUCUAGAAAACCUAUUAUUAAAAUGUAAUAUGAAUGAAAAUAUUAUUAAUAUUGUUUCUAAUCCAGAUGGUUUAGAUUUCCAUUUCUUAUCAAGAACAGAUGCAUUAAAAUUUUGUGAUUUUAUAUUAAGUAAAACUAUGUCAAAAUGUAAAAACUCUAAACAUUUAAUAAAUCAUGAUGCUAAUAAUAAUACAUAUAAUUAUUUGUAUACAUUUUCGAUAGAUAUAUGUCCAAUAUGUAAAUAUGAUUUAAUAUUCUUCCCAAAAGGUCUGGCAAACAAAUAUGGUAUAAAAAAUGUAUUCUAUUUAUGUAUACAUGUAUCUAUAUUUAUUAUCUUAAUAAAUCCUUUUUCGUCAGCUAAUCAUGUCUAUGUAUCUCCAGAAAGAUAUAAUAAAAACCCUUUUCUACCUCUUCUAAGUAAAGCCGAUGCAAAGGUCUUUUUAAUACUCAACAUUGAAUAUAUUAAUGACGAUGUAAAUACAAAUAAUCACAAAAAUAAUAAUAUGAACCCUUCCAUAUCAAACAAUGAUAAUAUCAAUCUCAAUGGUCAUACUAAUAUUUGUAAAAAAAAAAAUAAAAAGAGGAAAAAUAAAAGAAAAAAGGGAAUCAACACAAAAGAUGACGACUCAGAUAGUAUCGAAGAAGAUAACCAUUUGUUAUCAAACGAUGUGAAUAAUAAUCAUUAUAAUUAUAGUACAAAUAAAAAUAACUUAAAAAGAAAAAAAAAAGAUUCCAAUAAUUUAGAAGAUAUUAAUAAAAAUUCAUUUGUGUUCUCUUCAUCGGAUAAUGAAGAAGAAAAUCUUCAUAAACCAAACGAUUUUGAUAAAAAUUCAGAUAUCUAUACAGAUGGAAAAAGUGCCAAAUCUUCAUCCAGGAAAGUUAAAUUAGAUAAACUCGUUUAUGCCUUUGUAGAAUUAUAUGAUGAAUCCAAUGGAACUACUAUAUUAACAAAAACGUGUAAUGCUAAACAUCUGAGACCAGGAGAUUAUGUUAAUGCAUAUGAUUUAAGAAAACAUUCUUUUGAUAACGAAAUAAAUUUAUUUCUUGAAAAAAAUGAUAAUUAUAAUAUUAUAAUUAUUGAUAAAGUAAAAACAAAAGAAAAAGAAAAAAUAGAAAAUUAUUUACAAGUUCAAAAUAAUAAUAUUGAAACAUUGAAAAGGACUAAUGAACAAGAUAUAUUUAAUAGAAUAUUAUUAAAUAAUUGUAAGGCUCUUGAAAAUAUGGCAAUAACGUCAACGUGA